UCUUGCAACAUUUUUGUUGCUGCUACACGGGAGGUCUGCUGCUGCUGCUGGUGUCGCGAUUCGCGCCGACUUGCUUCUCCUUUUUUUUUAAUGCCCCCACUUUGUGUAUAUGUAUAAUGUGUGAAUAAAGAAUUUCCCAAAAAAAAAAAAAACAAAUACAAGUGAUUUUACCACCCUUUUAAAAAAAAAUUUUCCAAUGCAAUGUUAAUUCUCCCUUUAGUGAAAAUUGAGACAAUUUUUCAAGUGACAAUUCUUUCAUUAGGAACAUCAUCACAAUCACGGUUAUACUCCAGUGCUAUACAAUAGGUGUUUUGUGUGUUUUUUCCCCCACCCCCCACCCCCCAAAAAAAGAAUUUUUUUCCAGGAGAAGUGGGUUGUUUGAAAAACAAAAAAAAAAACAAAAGUAAUGAAAUUACGAUAUGUUGUUAUUAUCAAUAAUUCAAAGAUUUUUUUCGCGCUCCAGCGAAUUCGCUACUCGCUGCGCGAAUAAUAAUAAUAAUAAUGAAAGGUUUGCGCUAUUGGCAACAACUUGUGCAUUAUUAGCUCAUUCAGCAGCUGAUUACACAGCCAAUGGCAGCAAUAGCAGCAACAGUCGAAUAUCCGGGUUGGUGGUGUGAAAAUUGAGGGGGUUUUUUUUUCUCAUUUAUAAGGGGGGUGGGGUGGGGCGGGCGGGAAAUGAGUGCCGAGAAUCAAGAAUCUAUUACCCUAAGGUUAGGUGUAACGGGUGCAAUUGCUACUAUUUGUAGUAGUAGUACAACAACAACAACAACAGCAGCAACAACAAUAACGACGACGACGACGACGAGGGUUAAAAGAGAAAAAAUUGACGUCGAUUGCAAUAAUGUCGUUGUUGUCGCCGGUGAUCAUGGCGCCGACGUCAAAACGAAUAUGGAGACGUAUCAACAACAUCAUCAUCAUCAUCAGCAGCAACAACAACGUGCUCCGGCGACAACAACGACGACAACGACAACAACGAUGCCAAUUUCAACAUCACCCCGUGUAACAUCAAAUGGUUAUCAUAAUGAAGAUGUUUUUAGGGAUGUUAUUGCCGGAAAAUUUGCCAAUCUUCAACACAAUAAUACUACCACAAAACAUGAGAAAAUUCGGCUUAUGAUCGAAGAAAGCAUUGGCGAUGAAUCAAAGUUUCGUGUUCAGGAAAUUUUCUCAAAAGUGGAACAAUUGAAAAUUGAGGAAAAAUUAUUAUUGUACCUGAAGCUACCAUUGUCACUUGCAAAUCCCAGUGGUACGAUAGAUCCAUUGAAACAACCGCUAAAUCCAUUGGGCAAUCGUUAUGAAAUUCAUCAAACAAUUAUGUGGAUUAAAACACAUUUAGAAGAGGAUCCAGAUGUUUCAUUGCCGAAGCAAGAAGUAUACGAUGAAUAUAAUAUGUUCUGUGUGAAAAAUUCCAUGAAACCCUUAUCCACGGCGGACUUUGGUAAAGUCAUGAAGCAAGUGUAUCCAAGGGUACGUCCACGAAGACUCGGCACUCGUGGUAAUUCACGUUAUUGUUAUGCAGGAAUGCGAAAGAAAAUUAAACUUGAUCAACCAAAAUUGCCAAUUAUCGCCGGAAUGCCGACUGACGAUAACGCUGAGGAGAAUAUCACCGAGGAAAUGUUAGGCGCUGCAUCGACAGUAAUACGUGAAUGGGCUGAAAAUUUAUUGGGUUUAAAAUUCCCAACACUCAGUGCCUUAGGUCGAUAUUUAGUUGAUAAUAUGUUCGUCGACACUCGAUCUUUGGCUGCUGUGUGUAUUGUCUGCGAUUCUGGAAUGACCGAAACUGUUAAGAAUGAAAUUUCAGAAUCACCUGUUGAUGUAAAAUCGGGAAAAUUACGUGAGGCACAAUUACAAUUACAAAGAAAAUUGCAACAACGUGAACAUGUACGUGAUCAGAAGCAACGACAGUUAGAAAAUGAGUCGCCGAGUCAGAACAAAGAAAAAACUGUAAAUAAUAACAAAGGAGGACGCAAGGGAAGCAAAAAAAAGACGAUAACGAAUCAAUCGCCUCAGGAAAUAGGUGUUUUAACGUCCAUUAAAGGCAACACAACACCAAUUUCACGACAAAAAAAAACCAUACGUAAUCAAAUUGAUUAUGUCUCCCAACAAUCUAACUGUGAUAACCUAGUGGUACAAUCAAUUGAGAAUGUGCAAAAAUUAACAACGGACACAACGUUUCCAAUAAAGCCAAGAAAUCCAAGGAAACGUACUAGUGGAGGAACAACACCAUCGCAAGCUAAUAAUGAUUCAAGUCCUGAAAAACAGGCAAAGCACACCGAUACAAUAACAACAUCGCCAUCGUCAAAUAUUAAUAAUGGCACGUGCACGCCUAUUAAUAAUCACGAGAGUGGAAAAAUUCCAGUGAUACUAGCUAAUAAUCGUAAUAAAAACUUUAGUAAAGCUGCCGAUAGUCAGCUACCCCUAAAAAGCUGUGAUAUUGAUAGUUGCGCAAAACUAAUAAAUGGUUGUUCGAAUAAUAAAAAUGAUGAAAUUCCCCUCUUGGAAAAUUCAACACUUCUCCAACGAACAAAUCUUGGUACAAUUGAUCCCGAUUCACUUGAUGAUUAUUUAAAUGGUGGUAAUAAUUCACAAGAGCAAGAAGAAGAAUUAUUACAAUAUUUUCAACAUGGUGAAUCAGAUCCCGAAACUGUUAAUCUUAUUCCACCUGUUGAAUUAUCAUCAAGAUCGGAUAAAGUUUCUGAAUUACGUUUUAUAUUACAACAAAAUCUUAAAGCAAGACCACCGCCAAAUAAUCAAACAACAUCAACGCCUUUAAAUUUACCAACAACAAAUAAGGAAAUUAUUAAUGAAAAACAAGCGCCAAAUACAAAUGUCAACAUAAGACGUAGAGUAAGUUUCGAGACAAGUGUCAUUGAGCAUGAUUCAAUAAUAACGAGUCACACGGUGCCUCAAAGUCCAAAUACAAGACGUAGAAUAUUUAAUUUUACGCCAAUUUCACCAGGACCACAUUCACCGAUAAAUGGACGUGCCUCGAAAUGUAAUUCAGCUAAUGCAAGUCCUUUUGUAUCACCUCGUAAUACACCAGUGCCACGUUCAAAAAGUAAUCUUCAAAAUGGCUAUCGUUCACGUAAAAAAACAUUAUCGCGUUCAAUUUCAUGUAGUGUGCCAUAUACAAAUAAAAAUGAAACAUUUAUUGUACCAGAAAAUACCCGACAAAUUGCUAAAUCACCAUUAGUUGUUAAAUCCAAUGAUAUGCAAAUAGUGAAAAAUUUUGUAACUGAACCACAAAAACAAAUGAUUGUCAAUUAUCAAGAGAAUCUUCAAGAGCAAUUAGUUAAAAAUAUCAUUUAUCAAGAUGAAACUAAAACAAUAUAUCAAAAAACACAACAAGAUCAGGAGAUUUCUGAUUUAUUGGAUGAUGGAAAAUAUGAAAUUCAAUUGGCAACAAAAGAACAAUUAUAUAGUCGUUCACAAUCAGUUCCAUUAUAUCGAAUGGUUAAUCCAACUUUAAUAUCACCAGUAUCAACAACACAAUUUUUAGCUCCCUUUCGUAGUUUUAAUCCAUCAACAAGCAGUUCGAUAGCACCAACACCAGUGCCAAGUGAAUUCACUGAUUUUUAUUCAAUUGAUGCACCCGACGAUGCAAUGUAUUUACUUGAGGAUGCUAAUUUUAUGUCUGAUGAUCAACAAUUUUUAAUGGGUGAAAAAGAAAUGUCAUCGGAGAAUAUUAAUAAUUUUUUGAAUAUUCUAAAUGAAGAGCCAGAAAUUUUAUGCUCUUCAUCAAAUGGUCAAGGUGUAAUGGAAACAAGUUCAUUAAUAUUGGAUGGUUUACCUAAUUCCUAUUUAAAUAUGUCAAAUGAUAGUGGUAUGGAUUCGGGUAUUGUGAUUGAAAAUGGUAAUUUAGAAAAAAUGAUACAAUCACGUUCUUAUCCAAAUACACCGUUACCAUUACCAAUUGGAACAACGUGUACAUUACCAUUUACAGAGGACAGUAGCGGUGGUUCAAGAUCAUAUCCAACAACACCAUUACACAGUGGAGUACAAGCACGCGCAACUGGUGAACAAACAUAUUCUGAGAGUAAUGAACCAAUGUUGUCGAGUCCAACAAUUGAUACACUUAAUUUAAGAGGUGAUGUUACAACAACACAAGGGACAAAUUCAUCGGAAAGUGUAUGUCAAGAUGUUGCCGAUUUACUUGAACCAAGUUUUCUUGAUAAUGUCGAAAAUGGUGAUUUAGAUGCACUCGAUAGUUUUGAAGGUCUGCAGGAUGCCCUCCCACCGUUGUUCAAUGAAGUCGUUGAGCCGAAUCGCUGAACUAAUAUAUAUAUAUAUAGGACAUAUAUAUGUAUAAAGAAAGCAGAAAGUUAUUUGGUCCAAUUCACUGCCAAUAUGUCGGCCACUGGAAGAGAAGGGGGGGGGGUUAUUUUCACUAUAUACUUAAUCAUAUACUCGUGUGUGUGAUUAUAUAUAAGAGAAAAGUGAAAAAAAAUUUUUCGGCAGGAAAUGCGUUCAUGACACACGUACACAGUAACAUUUAAUAUUACUAAAAAAAAAAAAAAAUAAAAUGUUGAUCAGGGGACAAAAGUAAUUUUGUACAAAUUACGUCUUAGGGACGCUUUUAUAAGGCCUGAAAAGAAGAAAAUAAAAAAAAAAAAAAAUUCUACCUCAGCGAGGUAGAAAAAUUUUUGUUACCAAUGACUGGUUUUCAAAAGAAAAAGAAAAAAGGAAAAAAAAGAAAUUAAUUUUAAAAUUGAAAUAUACAUAGUAUGACCGUGGCUUUUCUGCGGUAAAAAAAAAUACUCACGAUUUUAAUUUUGUGUAUAAAAUUUUUUUUUUUUUUUAAUGAAAAUUCCCCUCUAAUCUCGCACAGUGUUAAAUAAUAAUAUUCCUUUUAUGGACAAAACAUUUUUUUUUUAUUUUUAUAUUUAUUAAUUUUUAUUUUAUUAAAAAUUAAUUUUAACUAUAUGGAAUUCUUUUUCUUUUUUUUUAUUUCAGAUUAAAGUUGAAUUUGAAAAAAAAUAUACAAAAUAAAACACGUUUUCAAUAUAAAGGGACCCAAGAAGCAAAAAAAAUUAUAGGUUAUGUUUAUGAUAGUUUUACUUUAAAAAAACAUUUUUUAAUUUUUAAGUUAUACAAACUUAAAAUCUAUUUUUAUGAAAAUUUUGUUCACCAAAAGCAGAACACUGUGUAUAACCUCCCCCCUCCCACUUUUAAAAAUUACUAAAUUUAUAAUUAGUAUUAAAAAUAUAAUUUGUUUCGAUAUAUAUUUACAAUAUUAUAAUUUUAAAUUCCUGUUUUGUACAGUUUUUGAAUUAUUAUUAUUAUUAUUAUUAUUAUUAUUAAUUAUAUAUAUUAAAUUUAUUUUUUAAUUUUCUUUUAAGAAAUUUAAAAAUUUAAGUAUUUUUUUUUUUUUAAACUGAAAAAAAAUUGUAUAGAAAUUAGCAAAUUUCCAAAAAGCUCUCGGUUAUUUGGAAAAUAAAAUUUUCUACGCUUUAGUCGUUUUAAAAAAAAAAAUAAGUGUAAAUAACGUAUAAAUCGUGUUUAAAAAAAGAAUGCAAAAAAAAAAAACAUUUGCAAUGGAAAUAAGAAAAUUUUAAUUUGCCGUUACUGCAGAAAAGCCAUUGAUUCGUAACUUAAACGUUCUUUUUUUUUUUGUUCUUUCGAAAAAAAUAUGGUCUUUUUCAAAAGAAAAAAAAAAUAGAUCGUUCACGUUAUCGAAAAGAAGGAAAUAAAAAUGAAAAAAAACGGCGUCAAAACUGGUCGAUAUCCUCUUUUUUUCGUGACUUUGUAUUUAAGAAUUUUUUUCUUCGACGAUUCGAAGAAUGUGAAAUGUAAAUAGAUUAUUAUUAUUUUUUAUUAUUAUUAUUAUAUUAUUAUUAUUAUUAUUAUUAGUUGACUCACCUCUUUGCAGAGGCUAAGAAUUUAUAUUCAUCAAUUUGUUUUCGUAUUUUUUUAUAGAAAAAAAAAAGAACAGAAAUAAAUUUACACAUUUUUUUAUACUUUUUUUUUACUUCAUCUUUUUUUUUUGUAAUUUUUAUAUUAAUAUUAUUUUAUUGUGUUCAAAUUAAUUUUUUUUUUCUUCUGUAUAAAGAAAUUUUUUGGUUUUUUCUUUUCCUAAGUGGUAGUGUUGUUAUACACUCUAAAAUUAUGUACACAUUUUUUUUUUCAUAUUUCAAUGAACCAAAAAAAAGUACCUUUUUCAUUGUACGACGACAGUAUUUAAAAAAAACACAGUGCGCGAUAUUAUUUGACUUUUCCGUCUGUUUCUAUCUCUCGUUUUCUCUCUAUCUCUCUCUCUCUCUCUAUCUCUCUAAGUAGUUUGAAAUAACCGAAAACCACAAAUUUCCCGCAUGCUUCAAUUCUCCGUGGAUAUAAUCGAAAGUAGAUGAUGAAUUUUACCAAAACAUAUAGGAAACAAUGAAUUUUUGACGUGAAACAUACAGACUCUUAGCACAAACAAAAAAAUGAAAUAAAAUAAUAAUUACAAAAAAAAAAAAAAACAACAAAAAAAUGACAAAAAAAAAAUAUAAAUGAAAAUUGUCAGUUUUGUCGUGGUGGCAAUAAAAUGGGUGCACAUGUACUGUUUUCAUAUUAUAAUUGAUUAAACGAAAGUAAAUUGAA